UUACCUACUUGCAAGUCAAUUUAGUACGAGCUUAUUAUGAUUUAUCUACACAUUUUAAUAUUAAAUGGUCACUCGGAACGGAAACAAUAUAGAAGAAACCGUUUUUAUACAAUGUUAUAAUUUGAAUUUACUGGUUACGUUAAUUCGACUGUUAAUUUAAUUAUUUACUAAUUAAAUCGGCGAGUGACUCUCAUAUUAAAGUAAUAGAAAACUUGAAUAGAAAAUCCAGCAUUAGGAAUUAGGUGUUAAAAAAUUGUAGAGAGCUAAAAAGUUAUUAUUUAACGAAAUGCAACCGUUUUACUGUAUUUACCUUCCAAAGUUACUCUACAACUGGUGUUGUACUCGACUGUGCAUCAUUAAGGAUACCUACUGAAAUGAAAAGUAAUCACUUUCACAAAGGAAUAAGUGUACUUAGUUAAGUGUACCUAUAUUAAGCUACCGUUGUAUCUUCAUAUUGUAAAAUAACUUUGUUAUCUAAGUAAAUGAAAUGCAACCUACUUAUUUAUACUUACUACGCUCUCCUGCAAAAAUACGUACGUAUUGUUUUAUACAUAAAUAUAUUAAAUCUUAAAUACUUCAUAAAUACCCCAUAUAGAAUGAUAUUGGUAAGUAAUAAUUUUAUUUUGGUGAAACAGCGGCGAACCUGUUUAGCCCGCCUUCUGCGUUUAAUCCGAGCCCGGUUCUGGGUUCGAAUCCCGGUUGAGGCAUUUGUGUAAUGUGUCCAAAUAAAUAUUUGUUACCGAAUCAUGAUUGUGUACAUAUUUGAUUAAAGUAUUAUUCUGAUAUUUGGCGACAUUCUUGUCAGUUUUAAACUGACUAAAUAAAUAGUGUGAUUUGCUCGAUACUUGUUUUAAGGUACCUCUACUUAAUUUGAAUAAGUAGCUAUUUGUAGAACUAUCUGUGUAGUAUUUUUUAAUACAUACAUAAUAAAGUAAGUACUUUCAAAAAUAGAUUAGGGAGACAUGAAGAAACAGUUGAAUUAUUAUUUUAUCUAUCACACAAAUAGAUACAUACUAUUGACUCUUUGUACCUACCUAGGUAUUUAUUAUACAUUUUUCAAAAGCUAUAAAUCAAUGUAGUGAUUGAAAUAUUUAUGUAAGUGCGUAUGUAAAUGUAAACAACGAUUGUGAUGUUAAUACUUAAUUAGCGAGAUAAGUUCGAUGCCCAUAACGAUAUUACACCUCAGUUAGGGAGAGUAGAGCACAUGGCGAUCUAUCAAAACAACAAAGCCGAUUGGUUUGGUGACGUUCCACCCCGGUGAUAUGUACGUCCUACUACCUAAAUGCCUUAUGUACACCGCUAGUUACUACUUCAUGACUACUCCGAGCUCAGUGUGUACUGCAAUGCAACGGAAAAUAUGCGUGUUUACCAAAGUCGUUUCGGUAGAACGGUGUCGUGUGUUGCGUCACGUUUUAAGGAAAUUGAUAAUACUCCGAGGUCGACGCGACUAUCAUAAAAUUGCUUUUAGUGCUCAUUUAUGUACUAUUUUCUUUUUCAAUAAUCAUUAUUUUAGUGAAGUGUGGUGAUAUCCUAACAACAUGGAUUUAUUUUUUUGCAUCCUGUUAUUCCUAGUGGGAGGAGGCCAGACAAAUGUCCGACGCCACGACUCGAUGUGCGACCGAUAUAACCUUGCGUUAGCGAGUAAGUACAUUUUUUGUUUUAAAACAAGUCUCAAAACUGCUUUAGACGCAUUCCACCUAAUUAAUGUACUAUCCAAAAUAUAUUUAGGCCAAUAUUUCGUGGAAUUAAAUCGAAAUGUAAUUAAAAAUGCGGGGGAAUAUUACACAUUUCGAAUAAUAAUAUUGAACGUCAUUGCGAGGUUCAGUCAACAAGAUGGCGCCGAGUGGGGAGAGUGCGCCCAGUUGGCCAGGUGCUGCCGCCGCGUCGAGUUCGGCGCUAUAGCUAAACUAAUACGCAGUGUUGUACAUUUAGAACAUUCACAAUGGCUACCGCGAAAGACACGUCUACUUUCUUUCUGGAGGCAGAUGCAAAAGAUUUUGACAGUGUUUUGAAGUUAUAUCCACAGGCGAUUAAACUAAAAGCUGAACAGAAAACAAAGAAACCCGAGGAGCUCAUAAAAUUGGACAAUUGGUAAGUACGAACGUCUUUGAAAGGAGAAAAUGCGGCCGUGGCGUGUCAAUGAACUUGUAUUGUGUGUGUAUCCGUGCAAACUGAUUUGAUAGCUACCUCCCUCGCGGACUGCAUCUCUAGUCCGCGGAGUGCUCAUUAAAAUCACUGCGUCACGUGGGAUCGAUGUCAAAUUGACACAAUCGUUUUUCCUGAAGCCAGUGUGGGGGAAAAUAUCGCCGCGCUCAGGCGUUAUAAAAUGGUGGCUGUCCUUUACGUUUCAUGACUCGUUUUAAUGCAUUUACGUUCAAAUUUUAGCACUGUUCUAUAGUAAAUUCACAGAUAUCUUAACUUUACAAAAAGCUCGAUAAUGAAAACGACAAGUUAUUGUAUUUUUAACUGCUUUUGUUAAUAAUACAAUGCUUUGUUUAGCCGAGUCACAUCCGUUCAAAAUGGUGACUUGCCUUUUAGCUUUGCUAUUCGUAUAGUAACUUAUAAAUUUAAUUUAUCUUUUGUGAAACCAAAUUAUUACCUACCAUAUGUUGCCAGUGGAUAAGAUAUUAAUAUAUUUAUUUAGUUUCCUAAACUUAAUAUUAAGUAUAGUUACUAAAUAUAUAGUCAGUGAGUCAGCGAACGAAAGGGGACCCACUUAGAUAGAACGCCUACUUUUAUAACGAGGUUGAUAUAAGUAGUUACAAAUAAAACAUUAAAUUAAAUGUCUUUUCACUUUUUACAAUUAAUUGUUUGUCAAGAAAUAUCGUAAAUUUGCCCUUUUUUUACUAUGUACUUAGGUAGGUACUAAUAAAAGAUUAGGUAUUUGAAAUUUCGUAUAUAAGUCAAUUAUUCAUGAGUAACUGGACACCUUAAUACUCUAGAGGUAAAAUACUUUAAAGUUGCUUGUAAAUCACAAAAAUAUUGUGUUGUCCUCAAUUAAAAGCAAUGCUUUUAUUACACAUUACAUAAUUAAAUUACAACCUGAAAUAAAACUCAGUACCGAGACGUACAUAUGAAGUUAUAACAAUAACAGAUACAAUUAAGUAAUUAAAUUUAAAUAACUAAGUUGGUAAUAUAUCAGUUAUUUUAUAGAAUGAUUCUAAUUUAUUAAUAAAAUCAAAGGUUUUUAGUUAUUUUACAUAAACUUAUAUACCCACCCUACGUGCAUACCUAACAUGUAGGAUUAUACCUUUUUUUUUUUAAAUUCGGCCAAUCAUCGGGUUAUACUUUAAAUUCUAGAAAUGUAAACAUUGCUUUAUUUUAUAUACUAGGGGGGUGUAUACUACUGAAUAUGGAAGACUAAAAAAAGGUUACAACAGAUAUUUUUGGUUUAGAUGAGUCACCAAAUAAGAGUAAUUUAUCGAAGUACAUACCAUCUAGUCAGAUUAAAUAGGCUUCAUUUGAAAAGCAAAUCUGAUGUCCACAAAUCAGUCUAAAAGUUCAAUUUUAAACAUCGGAUUUGAAAAUAAAGCUAUAAAUAAAUACAUAAAAAAUAGCAAUAAUAAGACCCUGGCGCACUCAGUGUCAUCCAAAAAUACCUCGUUAAGUCACGUGUUAUUUCCUGUUAUCAAAAAAAUAAAGUACUUUAAAGCCCUGACAAAAUUAUAUUUUAUUAAACUUAUAAUAAUUCAUUUAAGUUACAGAGUGCGGUCAUAAGAUUUCUGUUAUGUAUUAAAUGCUGUCCUUAACUCCGGAUCAUGUGGUACAUCCUUAAAAGAAAUUCAGCAAAGCGACUUCUAGAAAAAAUGAUUUUUAAACAAUCCACGUAGUUUUUUUCAAAGUUUAAUUUUACUUGGUUGAAAUAUAAUCAAACAAUAAUACUAAUACGGAUAAGCCCAGUUUUAUGCUAAGCUGUUUUGGAUUUAAUUUUUUUUUCUUGUCUACAGGUACCAGAAUGAAUUACCAAAAAAGAUCAAGUCGCGAGGCAAAGAUGCUCACAUGAUACACGAAGAGCUCGUGCAACUUAUGAAAUGGAAACAAGCGAGAGGGAGAUUCUAUCCACAGUUAUCAUAUCUCAUAAAAGUAAAUACACCGAGAGCAGUAAUGCAAGAGACAAAGAAGGCUUUCCGUAAAUUGCCCAACAUAGAAUCCGCGAUGACAGCACUUAGCAAUCUGAAGGGGGUGGGUACAGCGACGGCAUCAGCACUCCUCGCGGCAGCAAGCCCUGAAAUAGCACCGUUCAUGGCUGACGAGUGCCUACAAGCCAUCCCAGAAAUGGAAGGAAGCGACUACACUGCCAAGGAAUACCUCAAUUUCGUAACACAUAUACGGACCGUCUGUGAUAGGCUAAAUAAGGAACAAAAUGGUUGUGGCAAGAAAUGGUCCCCACACAUGGUGGAGCUCGCGUUAUGGACACACAACAUAGUGUCGGACCUGCGGCCUGAGCUGCUGGGCAAGGAGCCCAACAGCAACGCGCCCACAAACGGGGGGUCCCCUCUGCCCAGCGACGAAAGCAACCUGGAGCCGCCUUCCACCAACGGCAACGGCAAACUGGCCGACUCAGUAAACGAAGACACAACCACGUCGUGCACGGAAGACUCCAUGGACGCUAAGGCCGCCUCUCCUGCCACCCCCGCCUCUCCCUCCGAUAACUCAGACUCAGCGGUCAGCACGCCAAGCGCUAAAAGACCGUUAGAAGAAGCUAGUUCGGAAGAGAACUCACUGGGAGACUCGACGGACGCGCCGGCGCCGCCCGUUGCAAAGAAACUUCGAGAAGCCACACACUGACACACGCGCACCCCACCAAGCAUCCCUCGUGCGCCUAUAAAUAGCUUUCUAGACUAAAAUAUUGUACCUAGGUAAUUUAUUUUUCAAUUCCGUUUAAUUUUAAACUUAGCAUUAAGUUUUAAGAGUACCGGUCGGUUUUGUAAGUUUUAUAGGGUAUUAAUUAAUGUUUCGGAUGCGUUUCAAUGGACUUACGCCGGGCGCUCUACGUCUAUAACGAGAGUAUGAGAUUGUACAAUAUUAUUAUAUCAAUGCGAGUGUAUUUUGCGGAGUGGCCCGCAACGGGGCCUAACGUUAGGUUUCGUUUGUAAUGGUUCUUUUGAUGUUUGAACGUUCGCAUCCCGCGUGACAUUCCAAUAAUUUAUAACGUACGGCGGCGAGGGGUCGCCGUUACCGGACCAGAGUAUCUACACGGAAAAUCGAAACGAACACCGAGUCUACUGAUAGCGCAGUACGUGUUGAUAUUUCAAUGGAUGACCGCAAUGUAAACAGAACUUAAUUACGACGGUUUACGUCUGAUUUUCCGUGUAGGCCUGCAGAUGCCUUGACUAGGCCACCAGGCCGUCACAAUCACACCAUUGCCUUAUGACACAGUCUGCCCGCAGAGUUUAUAUUCAACAAGAUAAUACAAAGGUCGUGUUACCCGGGCGCCGGGCACACGGGCCCACAAUGUAGUUUUUAUUGAACAAAUAUAAGAUAUUAAUUUUAU